AUGGCGACCUGGAACCGCCCUCCCCAAGAAUAUGAAAGUGAUGAUGAAUCUUAUGAAGUGUUGGAUUUAAUUGAGUAUGCAAGAAGACAUCACUGGUGGAAUCGAGUGUUUGGUCACAGUUCUGGACCUAUGGUAGAAAAAUACUCUGUAGCCAUCCAGAUUGUAAUGGGUGGAGUGACUGGCUGGUGUACGGGAUUUUUGUUCCAGAAAGUUGGAAAACUUGCAGCAACUGCUGUAGGUGGUGGCUUUCUUCUCCUUCAGAUCACCAGUCAUAGUGGCUAUGUUCAGGUUGACUGGAAAAGAGUUGAAAAAGAUGUAAACAAAGCAAAGCAACAGAUAAAGAAACAAGCAAAUAAAGCAGCACCUGAAAUCAACAAUAUAAUUGAAGAAGCAACAGAAUUUAUCAAACAGAACAUCGUGAUAUCCAGUGGAUUUGCGGGAGGCUUUUUGUUAGGCCUUGCAUCUUAAGGACAUGAAUGUGCUAUCACAGUGAAAUCACUGUGAGAAGAGAAAUGGUGGUGACAAAGGGUCCCAACAUUGUGUGCUGCCACAUUCUGCAGGGAGAUGAGAAACACCUAGUUGGACAGUAUCAAGCUCACAAUGUAGCAUUUUGCCUGUUAGAAGCUUGGCAAACAAACUAUAGUAUCUGCUAUAAAACAAUCUGUAUGGUUUGUGUACAGUAGUCGUCCUGGGCAAAACAUGACUUUUGUUAUUUUUUUAAAAUAUGCAUUUGUUUAGAAAUUAGCCCAGAAAAUAUCAU